UGCAGUUCAGUUGACCUGCCCCGUGCCUGCCUGGAAACGUCGAGGGAGAGGGCGCACUGGUGGAAGCCUACCUCUGUACUGGGAGCUCCCAACGGGAACUUAAUUCCAUUCGAGUAACGUUGGAUGCUAGUUCGUUUUUAUUAGGUACAACCUUGCGUUGAACUAGAAUCGCGGAAAGUCUGUGGCAAAGACUUUCACACUUAGUAAGUUUUUUUUUUUUAGUAACGAGCCUUUGCGCCGACUCAAAGCAGCAGAACAGAUCGCAGCGGCAGAGCCAAUAGUUCAGUGAAUUCAUUGGUUGGACCAGAAUUCCGCAGCGGCGGAAUUGAGUUCGUCUUCAUCCUCGAGUCCUGGGAAGAAGAACAAUGAAUGUCUGAAUUUUACUUAGCCGAGGGCAGUUUGCUCCCGUGCUUAUUGUAAAUUAAUUUCUAUAUAUUUUUUUCUACUUAGUUUAAAGAGGCUUACCGUGUGUAUGUCGGAUGCUGCAGGCGUGAGACUGGACAUUAUUCCAUUUGUUGACAAAUAGUUUAGAAUAACUUUACUGCUCUCAGCAGAAACAAGCCUGAAAAUGUCCACGCCGAGGUACAAAAAGGACAAAGAAAUCAUUGCGGACUAUGAAAGUCAAGUAAAAGAGAUCCGGGCCCAGCUGGUGGAGCAGCAGAAAUGUCUGGACCAGCAGACAGACAUGAGGGUCCAGCUGCUGCAGGACCUCCAGGACUUCUUCCGGAAGAAGUCUGAGAUCGAGAUGGAAUAUUCUAGAAACCUGGAGAAACUGGCCGAGCGCUUCAUGGCCAAAACGCGAAGCACCAAAGACCACCAGCAAUACAAGAAAGACCAGAACCUGCUGUCCCCAGUGAACUGCUGGUACCUGCUGCUGAACCAAGUGAGGAGGGAGAGCAAGGAUCACGCCACGCUCAGCGACAUCUACCUCAACAACGUCAUCAUGAGGUUCAUGCAGGUCAGCGAGGACUCCACGCGGCUUCUCAAAAAGACUAAAGAAAUCACCUUCCAACUACAGGAGGAUUUAAUGAAGGUCCUAAAUGAGCUUUACACAGUGAUGAAGACCUACCACAUGUACCACGCCGAGAGCAUCAGCUCGGAGGGCAAGCUGAAGGAGGCGGAGAAGCAGGAGGAGAAGCAGAUCGGUCGGGGCGACCCGGUGUUCAGCAUCCGCAUGGAGGACAAGCACCAGCGCCGCAGCUCCGUCAAGAAGAUCGAGAAGAUGAAGGAGAAGCGCCAGGCAAAGUACUCGGAGAACAAGCUCAAGUCCAUCAAAUCCAGGAACGAGUACCUUCUGACACUCGAAGCCUCCAACUCCUCCGUGUUCAAAUACUACAUCCACGACUUGUCGGAUCUAAUCGACGGCUGCGACCUAGGCUUCCACGCCAGCCUGAACCGCGCCCUCAGGACCUACCUGUCGGCCGAGUACAACCUGGAGACGUCCCGCCACGAAGGCCUGGACAUCAUCGAGAACGCCGUGGACAGCCUGGACCCCCGCAGCGACCGCCAGCGGUUCAUGGAGAUGUUCCCCUCCGCCUUCUGUCCCCCUCCCAAGUUCGAGUUCCAGCCUCACAUGGGAGACGAGGUGUGUCAGAUCUCUUCACAGCCGCCCAUCAACGGAGAGCUGAUCCUCCGCUUCCAGCAGCUGCAGUCCCGCCUGGCCACCCUCAAGAUCGAGAACGAAGAGAUCAAGAAGACGUCGGAGGCCACUCUGACCACCAUCCAGGACAUGGUGACCAUCGAGGACUACGACGUGUCCGAGUGCUUCCACCACAGCCGCUCCACCGAGUCGGUCAAGUCGGCGGUGUCGGAGACCUACCUCAGCAAGCCCAGCAUCGCCAAGCGGCGGGCCAACCAGCAGGAGACGGAGCAGUUCUACUUCAUGAAAUUCCGGGAGUUUCUGGAGGGCAGUAAUCUCAUCUCCAAACUGCAGGCCAAACAUGACCUGCUAAAGAGAACGAUUGGAGAAGGUCACAGGGCUGACUACAUGACCACAAGCCGCGGACGACGGAACUCCCACGGCCGGCACCAGGAUUCUGGACAAGCUAUCCCGCGUGUGGUUGAGAGUUGUAUUCGUUUUAUAAAUUUGUACGGCCUUCAACAUCAAGGGAUAUUCAGAGUGUCUGGGUCCCAGCUCGAAGUCAAUGACAUCAAGAACUCUUUUGAAAGAGGCAACGACCCGCUGACUGAUGAGGAGAACAACCAUGACAUCAACUCUGUGGCCGGCGUUCUCAAACUGUACUUCAGGGGUCUGGAGAACCCCCUCUUCCCCAAGGAGAGGUUCAACGACCUGCUGUCCUGCAUCCGAAUAGAGAACCUGUACGAGCGCUCGCUGUACCUCCGUAAGAUCAUCCUGACCGUGCCCCGGUCGGUGCUCAUCGUCAUGCGCUACCUCUUUGCCUUCCUCAACCACCUGUCCCAGUACAGUGACGAGAACAUGAUGGACCCCUACAACCUGGCCAUCUGCUUCGGCCCCACACUGAUGCCCACGCCGGACAGCCUGGACCAGGUGUCCUGUCAGGCCCACGUCAACGAGAUCGUCAAGACCAUCAUCGUCCACCACGAGACCCUCUUCCCCGACGCCAAAGAGCUGGACGGGCCCGUCUACGAGAAGUGCAUGGCCGGGGGAGACUACUGUGAGAGCCCCUACAGUGAGCACGGAGCACUGGAGGAGGUGGACAACGAGGGGGGCACUGAGACCCAGACCAGCGAUGACGAGGGCGAGCCCAUCGAGGCCAUCGCCAAGUUUGACUACGCGGGGCGCUCGGCCCGCGAGCUGUCCUUCAAGAAGGGCGCGUCUCUGCUGCUGUACCAGCGGGCCUCCGAGGACUGGUGGGAGGGCCGGCACAACGGCAUCGACGGCCUGGUGCCCCACCAGUACAUCGUGGUGCAGGACAUUGACGACAGCUUCUCCGACACCCUGAGUCAGAAGGCGGACAGCGAGACCAGCAGCGGCCACGGAGCGGAGGACAAGUGCUCCGCCAAGGGCCCGGGCUCGCCCACCGACAGCCGCAUCUCGGAGGCCUACAUCAGCAGCAGGCACAGGAAGCGAUCGGACCCCCCAUCCCGCCGGCCCCCCGCCCGCCCCAACGACAUCCACUGCAUGGUGCACCCGUCCCACGGGGGCCACGGCAACCACGGCGGCCACGGCGGGACCCCGGAGAUGGGCUCGCCCGUCCUGGGCCACUUCAACCCGCGGGACAUGCUGCGCGGCCGCAACCACCUGGCGGUGGACAGCCCCGAGCGCCGGCGCCGCGCCAACCACGGCAGCCUCACCAACAUCAACCGCCACGAGUCCCUGAAGAAGAUGGAGAGCCCGCCCAUCCGGCGCUCCACCUCCUCGGGCCAGUACACCAGCUUCGGGGACCCCCACCGCGGCGGCGGCGGCAAGCCCCUGGACCCGGAGACCAUCGCACAGGACAUUGAGGAGACUAUGAACACGGCUCUGAACGAGCUGCGGGAGCUGGAGAGGCAGAGCUCGGCCAAGCACGCCCCCGACGUGGUGCUGGACACCCUGGAGAUGCAGCGGCAGAGUCCCGGCGGCGGCGGCGGCGGCGGCGGCGGCGGCGGCGGCAGCACCCCCGGCAGCUCCAGCGAGUCGCUCAGCCCCAUCCACAACGUCAUGCUGCGCUCGGCCGCCAACGCCGACGCCAACAUGCGCCGUAGCGCCAGCUCCACCUCCGCCGGCGACGCCGUCAGCAGCUUCAAGCCGGCGGUGGCCCCCCGCAUGGGCGUGCAGCUCAAGCCCCCCGCCCUGCGGCCCAAGCCCAUGGUCCUGCCCAAGGCCCGGGACCAGGCCGCCGGGCCCCACCCCCAAGAUCCGCCUUCCCCCCAGGACCCCCUGGAUAAGUCCUGCACCAUGUGAACCCUUUAUGAGCGGCCCCCACCAAAAUUAGAGGACUGUGAUCUUUAUAUAAUAAGUAGUCGUCUGGGCUAGGUGAGAGAAGGUGUGUCGUAUGUUGCCAGGACUGUUUUAAAAACACCAAUUUAUGGGGUGCAGUCAGAGCUGCAAAGAUAACUGAAUCCUCACCAGAUUGUUCUGAGUCUAAGGUCUCGUAGCAAGAGUAGAAACCACAGCGAAGAUAGGGGGGACACAAACGAAAUACAUAUUGGUUGUACAGUUAACUACUCUGAUAUGAUGCCUAACCUUGAUAUUAUGUAAUCUUUAUUGACAUUUAUUCCAAACGACGACAACAAAUCACAAACGCUUCCCUCAAGGUUAUACACAUAUUUUAGACUGGUUGUUUCAAACAAUCAGAGAACACUGAUGUAGCCCAGCUUUCCACACACAAGAAGCCAUCGAGAAGAUGUUAUGAGACCAUUCAUUUUUCUUUUGAUUUAGUUCAUAGUUAAAACCAUAAGUAAAUAAAGGCUUUCUAAGGGUUGUACUGACUUUUGGCUUUAACUUUUGAUUUGUACAUUGAUUUAGUUGCCAUUACAAAGGUGCUUAUAUGACUGGGAUAAACAUGGUUUCAUUGAAACGUUUUGAGUUCUGAUCUGACCAAAAAAAAGAACAAUAUAAGUACCAGUAUGCGUUUGCAACUGGUGUGAAUGAAGAUGUCUUGCAGAGAGCUGUGAAUCUGCUGUAAAUAUACUUCCAUCUCAGAACUGUCCAAAAAAACCAACCUGUGUUGAUUUCUCACAUGUUUCAAUAUAGCAUGGAGGACUGUUGGACACAACCACUAGCGAGAAGAGAAACAACGCAAACCCUCUGGAAAGAAUCUUUUCUUUUGAUUAUUCCUGUACAAAUGUCAACUUUGGAUGCUAUAUAGAGUGCAUUGUGUGCAAAGUGGCCUGUACAUAUAACUCACGAUGACUAAUCUCUUCCAUGUUUGCAAUGCAGUACAUGUAACAAAGUAGGGGUGCUGGUCGUUUGUGUAUCGCUUAGCUUUAUCUACCCAAAGUGUACCAUGCGCAAGUCGGUGUGUAGGUCGACUGAACCGCUCCCUGUGUACGACUGCCCCUUUCUGUAGAGACUCAAGGCAGCGCUCUGUUGAAGCAUUGCCAGUAGCCAUGGACCUAAUGACUGUUAGUGUGAUAGGCCUCAUGUUCUCUCUCUCUCUGUGUGUGUGUGUGUGUGUGUGUGUGUGUGUGUGUGUGUGUGUGUGUGUGUGUGUGUGUGUGUGUGUUUUUUCAAUAGAACCAUUACCACAGUAUGUACCAGUGCUCAACAUGUGUGACUGUUUCACCCUUGGGUGUCAUCUUCGAUGUACCUCCCGUAGCGUCAAAAUAAAACUGUGGUUUUGCUUGUGGCCAUAUAGCCUAUUAAUGCUUACAAAGGAUUAGUUUUUAUAUUUGUAGUAUUCUCCUAACAGGUUUACAGUGUCUUUUGACUUGAGAAUUGCUGUAUUUCGGACACAAUAUGAUUUUUAAUUUUGGAUUACUAACCGUUUCAUUAUCUUGUUUUUUGUUAUUUUAUCUUGUUAAAAACAUAUUGAACUUGUAAAAGAGAAACUUGGACUAAAAGAAACAUGGAGGAGUCGUUGCGCCAUCUCCGAAGCCAGUCGCAAAGCUGCAUUGCGCUGUAUUAACACUAUAUUAACAUCCUCGUAACAGUCAGCCAUGCCCUGUAUGAGUGCUGUUCGUUACUCUGUGGUGUCUUAUGCACAUCCGUACUAUGUACUAGUGAAAGUGCCUUUGAAAACAAUUUUUGGAGGAACUUUACGUCACGUCGCAUACUGUUGCAUUGCAUCUCAUUUCAGACCGUGUGUUUGAAGCAAGCCAGUGCAAGGGGGUGAGUGGAUGAAAAAGGUCACGAUGCCAUUUAGUAGAGAAUGUUAUAUCAAUGAGAAAAUCUGAUCAGCUUACCCAUUGUGAUGUUGCACCUUUCUGUAUAGAAAUGUAAAUAUAUAUGGCAUGUAACAUCCUACCUUUAGAUUUGUUUGCGGGCUUGUCCAUCAAAGGAUUUCUUUCUAAUAAAGGAAAUAGUUUGUCGA